ACUUCCGGCGGCCGCGGCAGCAUGGCGGGCGAGGUGCUGGGCAGGACGGCGCCGCUCGUCAUGGAAGAACUGUAUGUCUCUGAGCGAGAGGGCAAUGAUUCCACUGGUGAUGGGACACAGAAGAAACCAUUCAAAACUGUUUUAAAGGCUCUAAUGACAGCAGGAAAGGAACCAUUUCCUACUAUUUAUGUGGAUUCACAAAAAGAAAAUGAGAGAUGGAGCAUUAUUUCAAAGUCACAGAUGAAGAAUGUCAAAAAACUGUGGCACAGGGAACAAAUGAAGAAUGAGGCUAAGGAGAAGAAAGAGGCAGAAGAUCUCUUGAGAAGAGAGAAGAACCUAGAGGAAGCUAAGAAAAUUGUUAUCAAGAAUGAUCCUAGUCUUCCAGAGCCAAAAUGUGUAAAGAUUGGUGAACUGGAGGCUUACAGAGGGCAAAGAGUGAAGAUCUUUGGCUGGAUUCACAGAUUACGUAGGCAAGGAAAAAAUUUGAUGUUCGUAGUUUUGAGAGACGGCACAGGAUUUCUACAGUGUGUCCUUUCAGAUGAACUGUGUCAGUGUUACAAUGGGCUACUUCUCUCUACAGAGAGCAGCGUUGCAGUGUAUGGUGUGCUGAGCCUUGUUCCUGAGGGCAAGCAGGCUCCAGGAGGUCAUGAGCUGAGCUGUGACUACUGGGAGCUCAUUGGCCUAGCCCCGGCAGGAGGGGCUGACAAUCUCCUCAAUGAGGAUUCAGAGGUUGAUGUGCAACUUAACAACAGGCAUAUGAUGAUUCGAGGCGAGAAUAUGUCAAAAAUCUUCAAGGUGCGCUCCAUGGUAGUACAGGCCUUCAGGGAUCACUUCUUUGCCAAUGGAUACUAUGAAGUGACACCACCAACUUUAGUCCAAACACAGGUUGAAGGAGGCUCAACCCUGUUCAAGCUGGAUUAUUUUGGUGAAGAGGCAUACUUGACACAGUCAUCCCAGCUCUACCUGGAGACCUGCAUUCCAGCAUUAGGAGAUGUUUUUUGUAUUGCUCAGUCAUACAGAGCUGAGCAAUCCAGGACACGCAGACACUUGGCUGAAUACACUCACAUAGAAGCUGAAUGCCCUUUUAUAAGUUUUGAGGAGCUGUUGGAUCGUCUGGAGAAUUUGGUUUGUGAUGUAGUGGACAGAGUCUUGAAAUCACCUGCAGCAAGCUUACUGCAUGACCUAAACCCGGGCUUCCAGCCCCCUAAACGUCCUUUCCGACGAAUGAACUAUACUGACGCCAUUGCAUGGUUAAAGGAACACAAUGUGAAGAAGGAAGAUGGCACUUACUAUGAGUUUGGAGAAGAUAUUCCUGAAGCUCCUGAGAGAUUAAUGACAGACACCAUUAAUGAGCCAAUCCUGUUGUGUCGGUUUCCUGCAGAGAUAAAGUCCUUUUAUAUGUCACGCUGCUCUGAGGAUUCCCGGCUUACGGAAUCUGUUGAUGUGUUGAUGCCUAAUGUUGGUGAGAUUGUUGGAGGCUCUAUGCGCAUCUGGGACAGUGAGGAGCUAAUAGCAGGCUACAAGAGAGAGGGCAUUGAUCCCACACCGUAUUACUGGUACACUGAUCAGAGGAAAUACGGUACCUGCCCUCAUGGUGGAUAUGGUUUGGGAUUAGAACGAUUCCUGACCUGGAUUCUGAACAGACACCAUAUCAGAGAUGUCUGUCUCUAUCCACGCUUCGUCCAGCGCUGCAAACCGUAGUCAUCCUUGUGAUGAAAUGCAAGAAAAUCAAGCAACUGAUGCUUGGAAAAGAACGAUUCACUCUACCAUACUACAGCCUGAGAACAAGACCUACUGCAAUUGUUAAUUUUAAUUUUUAGUUGUUAAUACGAUCACUAAUUUAGUUGGGAGGAAACCCUUUUUAAAGGAAAGCGCUAUUAAUUAACUGGAAGAAACCUUAGAAAAAAAUUGUUAGGCAUAUAUAUAUAUAUAUAUAUAUAUACACACACACACACACACACACACACACACACAUACAUAUAUACACAUCUAUACUCUCAAGUCACCGUAAAACAAAGAUCCUGAUAAGCUGUCUUUUAAAAAAACAGAAGAUGUGCUUUUCUCUUUAAUUUCUGUGAUUUAUUAAUAAAAUAUUUGGGGCAUUUAAUUUUUUUGACCUCUGUUUUCCCUUUUGUGAUUUCUUGUUGGAGAAAUCGGAAGGUCAAGCUCUUUAAAUUCCCAGAUUCUGAUUUUUUGAGGAUGUUGUGAAGAUGUUAUCAUCUUUAUAGCUCAAUGAAGUAUAAAAACUAGAAUGAAUAUAUUAAGCAUUGUAUCUUCUAGCUUCUACUGCUUUUAAUGAAAGUUUUGUUUGAGUUUAUUGAGUAGCAAAGUGUGUGGUAUUGAAUGCAAAAUUCCACUGCAAGAGAGGUGUACUUCUUUUUUUUCCAAAUUAUUUAUUGAGGCUGAUUGUGAGGUACACUGUUAUUUUUCCCUGGUACUUGUGGACAGCGUGCAAUAGUGGGACCAUGCACACCUAACAUGCUGAAUUACCAUUUUAAGAGGACUGCCUGUUAGCUCAUGGACAUCUGGAUGUUAAAAGUUAAAAAUAAAUAAAUAAAAUAAGGUUCUUCCCUCUGUUUCAAACAAGAAAUGACUGAUUGAAGACCCAAAGCUAUUGGUAAUUUUGAAAUAGAAUUGGUUUCCAGCAUUGUGUGCUGACUUGAAUUGCUGUCCGCUCUGGUUGAAUUGUAGGCCGAGCAGUGCUUUCUUAUUUCCUGCUAAGGAAUGUUUUCAUAAUAGAGCAGUCCCAUGUUUUCCGGUUGGCGUGGUGUACUCUUCUGCUACUGCAUCUUAGCAAAUUCUCUGCUGUAAUCAAGUUAUCAAAUAGAAUUAAUUAAAUACCUGUUGAGUCAUCUGAAUGCUUCUUAGCCAUAAAUAAACUGAGUUCUUUUACUGCAGCGAAAAGAAAAAGAAGGAAAAAAGAGCAUCAUUUGCUACCUGCACCGAGAUUUUAUCUGGAUUUGCCAUUCAUAGAAUUGUUGUUGAGCUAUGUGAUGUCCAUAUUUUUAUAGUAAAAGAUUGUUUUUUUCUCCAUCUUGCAUGUUAUAUACACAAACUAAUCUGAAUCAGCAAUCAAUAAAUUCAUGGCAAUAUGGUAAA